AUGGAACUUGUGCCCCCGUUCUUGCAACAUGGAGCUGGCGAUGUCGACGAGGGAUGGGACUGGGGCCAGACAAUUGACAAGUAUCGUGCGGCUCCUGCAUCGCAAGAACUGCAAAGGCGAACAAGCAGUUUUAAAACAUUCAUGAACAAGACCCUCAAAGAGUCCAACGACAAGACUUCCCAAGAGGCCUUUUAUGGCAAGCACAGUUGGACGGAUGUUCAGAAAGAGGCAAGUGAGGCCCUUGCUUUGUACAAAGAGAAAGGUCGAUCCUGGCGACAUCCUUUUCGCUCAGCAGGGCGGGUCUUCAGUGAUUCAGCGUACCGGAUGGACUUUUUGCUCCAGUUGCUUCCCAAUGGCGAGUAUACAUCCCUCUUGACGGGAUGUUUUAAUUUGGUUUACAAUGCAGCAAAGCGAUUCAAGUCUCUGCGAGAGACGGUCUUUGGCGUCUUCGACAGCCUAUCGGAGACGAUCGAGUGCUCGAAAUCGUACAUCCGGAUUUAUAGUGAGGAUAGCGAGCUGCGCACCAAAUCAGAGGCACUUUUCAUCGCGAUCCUUGAAGCGGUUGAGGCAAUCACUGGUUGGAUAAAGCGGAAUCCAGGGCUGGAAGCAUUCAAGUCCUUUUUCCAACAGGAUGCAUACGGAAGCCAACUAGAAGGGAAGAUAACCACCAAUAUCCAGGAAAAAGCAACGGCUUUUGACGACCGAGUCCGGGCUUGUCUACACACCAGAAUUAGGGGCAUUGACAUAGGCGUCACAGCUAUGGGAAAAGAUGUCAAGCUCCUGACAAAAUCCGUUAGCCAUUUAAGUGCCAAUGUUCUUUCCAUCAAAGCGAGCGUCGAGGCAAAGCCCGAGAAGCAGGAGCUCGCAAUGGAGCGACUGGAAGAUCUGCUCAUGGGAAUUGCCAAGGAGGCCGAAUGUCAGUGUGUCAAGUCACACUUUGCGAUGCUCAGAGCUUACUUUCAUUUGCAAUGGCAGGGACACAUGUAA